AUGACGUGGAGACAAUUACAAACAUCAUCUGAAUUUCCAUCUUCAUGUACCACACUUCUAUCUUCAUCAUCAUCAUCACCACCACCACCACCACCAACAUCAUCAUGGGAAGAAGAAGCUGAGAGAUAUACCAAAGGGGUGUCUCGCAAUCAUGGUGGGUCAAGGGGAGGAGCUACAGAGGUUCAUCAUCCCUCUGAUCUACAUCAACCACCCACUCUUCAUGCAGUUGUUGAAGGAAGCUGA